AUGCAGAUAGCCCGUGGCCAUAAAGAGCAGCAGGCUGAAGAUCUGAAAGAGGAAGUGAGAAGAGGGCUAAUGGCUGCUGCUGAUAUAUUCAACAAGUUCAAGGAUGAAAAAGGGGGCUUCCAGGAAUCUUUGAUCAAUGAUGUGAGAGGCAUACUAGGGUUGUAUGAAGCCACACAUCUCCGAGUGCAUGAAGAAGGAAUACUUGAUGAAGCACUCGUCUUUACCACCACUCACCUUGAGUCGGUCGUAGAACAUUUAGAAUAUCCUCUUGCAGAACAAGUUACUCAUUCCCUGAAGCAGCCCGUUAGGAAAGGUUUGAACAGACUAGAGGCGAGGUUGUUUAUAUCCAUCUACCAACAUGAAGCUCCGCAUGAUAAAGCUUUGCUGAAGCUGGCGAAGUGGCAUAAAGAACUAGACCUUGGCAUGAAGAUACCAUUUGCUCGAGAUAGACUGGUGGAAAGCUACUUCUUUGUACUUGCUAUGUUUUCUGAGCCCCAACAUUCAAGACCGAAGUGGGAUGAAAGCAACAGUCAACCGCCAGAAUACAUGGAAGUGAUCUAUCAGGUACUCUUAGAUGUCUACAAAGAAAUUGAGGAAGAGAUGGACAAAGAAGGAAAAGCAAAUUGCUUCCACUAUGCAAAAGAAGCGAUAAUAAUUGGGUUCAAAACAUAA